AUGAAAGCACGCUUAGAGGAGCUUUCCCAACGCCAGGUUGUUUUCGAUGAAGCUUUGGAAGGGCUGAAACAGUUGCGGGUCCUUCACGAACAGACGGAGAAAGAAGCCAAAGAUUUAAAGGAAGAGGUUGUUGGUUUGUCGGAGAGGAACCGGAGUCUGGUAGCGGAUUUGAGUAAAUCUAUUGGCCAGCAAGAGGAGCUGAAAAAGUUGAACAAGGAUUUGCAAAUUAGAAUAGAUGAUGCUCUAAGCCAUCGUGCUUUAGCCGUGAAAGAGCUCGAAGGUGUUUCUCAGCAGUAUCAUUCAUUUAAGUCACAAAUACAUAGAGAAAGUUUCUCAAUUGGAGAUUGCCUGUUCGAAACAGAAAGUGGCCACUUGCCAGGCAAGAGUAGACAGGGGGCUGAGGAGCUGCGGUGGGUUGUGAAGGAAGGUAUUCCUCUUUUUUUUCGUGCUCUAUUAGAUUCAAGUGAUUUUGACGCGAUGAAUGCUACCUUGCAGAUGUCCUCCAUCCAACUUGGUCUUCAUCAAGAUUGUGUUGACAUGAAGGAAAAAUACCCUGAAGAAUUGAAGGAUAAGUGUGUCUUGUAUUUGUACCCAGAUGCACAACGUCAAAUUAUUGAUCGUUUUGCUGAGAUGAUGUAA